UGGCGCUCUGGCACGCUUGCGCGGAGAGUAGAACGUGUGGCGGCGGAGAUCGCGUCUUUUUCGCUCCCAGUGCUACUGCUGCUCCUGUAAGAGUCGGCGGUGUCCGUACAGUCCGUCGCGCACAACCCGUCGCUCGCUUGCUCCUAAUAGCGGCGGCCUGUGAUCAACACCGACAGCCACAUUGACACCUCCACGCCGGACUGUCUCCUUACUGGCUGCCUUCCCAUCUCCACACAUGGCCUCUUCCGCGCAGAGCGGCGGCUCCUCCGGGGGACCAAUGGUCCCCACCGUGCAGCGGGGCAUCGUCAAGAUGGUGCUUUCAGGGUGCGCAAUCAUUGUCCGAGGGCAGCCUCGUGGUGGGCCUCCUCCUGAGAGGCAGAUUAACCUUAGCAACAUUCGAGCUGGAAACCUUGCCCGCCGGGCGGCUGCAACGCAACCUGAUGCAAAAGAUACCCCUGAUGAGCCCUGGGCAUUUCCUGCUCGGGAGUUCCUUCGGAAGAAACUGAUCGGGAAGGAGGUCUGUUUCACGAUAGAAAACAAGACUCCGCAGGGGCGGGAGUAUGGCAUGAUCUACCUUGGGAAAGAUACGAAUGGGGAAAACAUUGCAGAAUCUCUAGUUGCAGAAGGCUUGGCCACCCGGAGAGAAGGCAUGAGAGCCAAUAAUCCUGAACAGAACCGGCUUUCAGAAUGUGAGGAGCAAGCGAAGGCAGCCAAGAAAGGGAUGUGGAGUGAGGGGAACGGUUCACAUACUAUCCGGGACCUCAAGUAUGCAAUUGAGAACCCAAGGCACUUUGUGGACUCACACCACCAGAAGCCCGUCAAUGCUAUCAUCGAGCAUGUGCGGGACGGCAGUGUGGUCAGGGCUCUGCUCCUCCCGGAUUACUACCUGGUCACGGUCAUGCUGUCAGGGAUCAAGUGCCCAACUUUUCGACGGGAAGCAGAUGGCAGUGAAACACCAGAGCCUUUUGCUGCAGAAGCCAAAUUUUUCACCGAGUCUCGACUACUUCAGAGAGAUGUUCAGAUCAUUCUGGAGAGCUGCCACAACCAGAACAUUCUGGGUACCAUCCUUCAUCCAAAUGGGAACAUCACAGAGCUCCUCCUGAAGGAAGGUUUUGCUCGCUGUGUGGAUUGGUCGAUUGCAGUUUACACUCGGGGUGCAGAAAAGCUGAGGGCAGCAGAGAGGUUUGCCAAGGAGCGUAGGCUGAGAAUAUGGAGAGAUUAUGUGGCUCCUACUGCUAAUUUGGACCAAAAGGACAAGCAGUUUGUUGCCAAGGUGAUGCAGGUGUUGAAUGCUGAUGCCAUUGUUGUGAAGCUGAACUCUGGCGACUACAAGACUAUCCACCUGUCUAGCAUCCGACCACCAAGGCUGGAGGGGGAGAACACACAGGAUAAGAACAAGAAACUGCGUCCCCUGUAUGACAUUCCCUACAUGUUUGAAGCUCGGGAAUUUCUUCGAAAGAAGCUUAUUGGAAAGAAGGUCAAUGUGACUGUAGACUACAUCAGACCUGCCAGCCCAGCCACAGAGACGGUGCCUGCCUUUUCAGAACGUACCUGUGCCACUGUGACCAUUGGAGGAAUAAACAUUGCUGAGGCCCUUGUCAGCAAAGGUUUAGCCACGGUGAUCAGAUACCGGCAGGAUGAUGACCAGCGAUCCUCUCACUAUGAUGAGCUGCUUGCUGCAGAGGCUAGAGCUAUUAAGAAUGGCAAAGGAUUGCAUAGCAAGAAGGAAGUGCCUAUCCACCGUGUUGCAGACAUAUCUGGGGACACCCAGAAAGCAAAGCAGUUCCUGCCCUUCCUCCAGCGGGCAGGUCGUUCCGAAGCGGUGGUGGAAUACGUCUUCAGUGGGUCGCGUCUCAAGCUAUAUUUGCCAAAGGAAACGUGCCUUAUCACCUUUUUGCUUGCAGGUAUUGAAUGCCCCAGAGGAGCCCGAAACCUCCCAGGCUUGGUGCAGGAGGGAGAGCCCUUCAGCGAAGAAGCAAUGCUCUUCACCAAGGAACUGGUGCUGCAGCGAGAGUUCCCAAGGAUCAAGAACAUACUGACUAAAGAAGACAGGCUACCUGAAGAGAGGUCUGCUUCUGUUCCUACAAUUGGAGGCAGUCAUUUGGUAGAAGUGGAGGUGGAGAGCAUGGACAAGGCCGGCAACUUCAUCGGUUGGCUGCACAUUGACGGCGCCAAUCUGUCCGUGUUGCUGGUGGAGCACGCACUCUCCAAAGUCCACUUCACUGCUGAGCGCAGCUCCUACUACAAAUCCCUGCUAUCUGCUGAAGAGGCCGCCAAGCAGAAGAGAGAGAAGGUCUGGGCCCACUACGAGGAGCAGCCCGUGGAGGAGGUGACGCCUGUGCUGGAGGAGAAGGAGCGCUCAGCCAGCUAUAAGCCAGUGUUUGUGACAGAGAUCACCGACGACCUGCACUUCUAUGUGCAGGAUGUGGAGACUGGUACUCAGCUGGAGAAGCUGAUGGAGAACAUGCGAAAUGACAUCACCAGCCACCCCCCUGUCGAGGGCUCCUACGCCCCACGCCGGGGAGAGUUCUGCAUUGCCAAGUUUGAAGAUGGAGAGUGGUACCGUGCCCGCAUAGAGAAAGUCGAGUCUCCUGCCAAAGUACAUGUCUUCUACAUCGACUAUGGCAACAGAGAGAUCCUGCCGUCCACCCGCCUGGGUGCCCUGCCACCUGCCUUUAGCACUCGUGUGCUGCCAGCUCAAGCCACAGAGUAUGCCUUCGCCUUCAUCCAGGUGCCCCAAGACGAGGAUGCUCGGACAGACGCUGUGGACAGCGUAGUGCGAGAUAUCCAGAACACUCAGUGCCUGCUCAACGUGGAACACCUGAGCGCCGGCUGUCCCCAUGUCACCCUGCAGUUCGCUGAUUCCAAGGGUGAUGUGGGCCUGGGCUUGGUGAAGGAGGGGCUGGUCAUGGUGGAGGUGCGCAAGGAGAAGCAGUUCCAGAAAGUGAUUACAGAAUACCUGAAUGCCCAGGAGUCAGCCAAGAGUGCCAGGCUGAACCUUUGGCGCUAUGGAGACUUCCGCGCUGAUGACGCAGAUGAGUUUGGCUACAGCCGCUAAGGAGGGACUUGGGUCUGGCCCCCCGCACUGCUCACGCCAGUUCCUCUGCCUCUACCAGGAGGAUGUUUUCAGCUCCGGACCCCAGAUCAGGGGUGUAGAUUGGGUCCAGCUUUGCUUCAAUGUGGAAAUGUCUUAUUAGGGCAACACCUGGGCUCAGGGUAGGGUGGGGGGUACCCAAAGCUUUCAGGGGGCAGGCCAUUGCCUUCCAAGGUGACAGACACUGCUCUGUUCUCCACAGUAUCUCCCAGAUGAUUUUGUUUUUGAUUGGGGGUUUGGUUUUUUUAAAUUGUCCUCAAAUCAGGAAGAAACAUGAAAGAUGUUGUCCUAACAGAGGGCGUGAUCCUGGGCCCCACCCAGACUGCCCUUCUCCAGCUCUCCAUCCAGCUAUUAAUUAUGUGAUUUCUGAUAUGUCCAUUCCCAAAUGCCAGUUUGUCUACAUCUGCCCCUGCAUCAGCCCUCUGCCACUUCUGUAUUUAAAGCUUUGGAGGCCCAAUAAAAUAGUACUUGCUGUCUGCA